AUGCCUCUGGAAGUGGUGGUGGAGCUGCAGAUCCGGGCGAUUUCUUGUCCAGGGGUGUUCCUGCCUGACAAGCAAGAUGUGUACCUUGGGGUUUACCUCCUGAAUCAGUACCUGGAGACCGACUGCUUUCCGUCUGUGUUCCCUAUUAUGAUUCAGCAGAGAAUGAGAUUUAAAAAGUUAUUUGAAAAUGCAAUAGAUCCUGGAGCUGUAGCAGACAUUUUAGAAAGCUUCCUAACCAGGUUUGAAUUAAUACAGCUAGUGCCUCCAGAGUGGGAAGAGUUGGCCUACUAUGAAGAAAACACACGGGAAUUUCUCUUCCCUGAGCCCAGGCUGACACCUUCGAACCCUGGGAUGAGUAGGGAGGUGCUCAUGAAAACAGCUGCAGGUUUUCCAGGCAUUGCUCCCAAAAUAGAGUUUUCUACAAGAACAGCCAUCAGAGAAUGUGUGUUUCUGCAUAGAAACAGAUUUCCUGAAGAAAGAUAUAAGUCACGAAGUCCUUUAUCUACACCAUAUGGACCAAAAUGCCCUUUAAAUAAUACUCAUGGGAAGCCAAGGGAGAGUAAUCUCAACAGAUUGUCCCGGAACACGCAGUCCCAGGUGCCCCCUCCAUAUUCUGCCAGGUGUUUCUUCCAGGACCAGCCAGCUCAACUGAACCUUGGAAAUAACUUCAGAAUCUCUGGAGAAAGCAAACCUCCAUUUGUAGUUAGACAUGUGGACAGUGCAAAGCCCUUUGGUGAGAAUAUUUCACAGCAUUAUUCUGGGAAGUCUAGAAGAAAAUCCAAGUUUUCACACUGUCCCUUUCCAGUGAAAAGAGCAUCUUCUCUUGACAGCCUUGCAGCUAAUGUAAAGGUUACCAAAGAGCCAGAUGAACGGAUUGUUUUAAGGAAUAAAUCACCAGCACCGUUAGAUUCAAGUAAAUUUGGAAAGCCCUCUCCCAGUUACAGUAACCAAGGGGAUGCCGAUUGCCACCUGGAAACUUCGUUGGCCACCUCCCAGCCCUCCAGGUCUCCCAGCCCUCGUCUGGAUCCACCCCGGCUCCGAGAAAGGUUCCACCCUGGUUCUCAGUCCACAUGGAAGAAGAUCCAUGAAAGGGUAUGCAGUCUUCUGACAUCCCACAGAGCUCGGCAGCACCUAAACAAGGAAGAUUUUACCUCUGAAGUAAAUCAUACCCUUGAAAAACCAAGCUACCCUGUGAAGAACUACCCAGUUCGUGCACAGAGAUAUUUUUAAGUUGAUGUCUUAUUCCCACCUGUAAGGGAAAUUGGAAGAA